AUGCGUCUAUCAGAUGCAGUGAAGGAAAAGCUGUGCAUAUCAGAUAUGCAAAGAAAGGAGUUGGAUGAGGAUCUUACUGAAGUUCAGGAGAGGCAAGAAAGGCUUUUUAAUUUCAUCGAAGAGAAAAGCCUAAAAUUUAAUGAAGUUGGUCUAAUGAACUUGACAGAAAGAGAAGUUGAGGAGGAGGAGGAGCACAAUGAAGAUGGAGAUAUGCAUGAUGAUAAUGAUGAUGAUGAUGAUGAUGAUGAUGACAAGGAGGGUGCUAAAGGUGGUGAUAUGCAUGAUGAUAAUGAUGAUGAUGAUGAUGAUGAUGAUGAGAAGGGUGACAAAGGUGGUGAUAUGCAUCAGGAUGACAAUGAAAAAGAGGGUAGCAAAGGUGGUGAUAUGCAUGGGGAUGACAAUGACAAGGAGGGUAGCAAAGGUGGUGAUGACAAGCAUGGAACUGAAUCUGAAAAGAAUGAAGUUCCAGUUGAAACUCCUGAAAAGCGAAGCACUCCUCUGUCAAAGACAAAUGAAGAGAAGGAUGUCAAGGGUGGAACAAGGCAAGGUGUUGAGUCUGGAACUGCUAAGAAGCCUAGCACUUCUCUGCCAGAGACAGCUGCAAUCGCUGAAGAUCAAGAAGACCAGGAUGUGAUGGAUGCCACUCAAACUGCUGAAAUUGAUGAAGCUACGAUAAUCGCAUCUCAAGACAUAUCUCAGAUGGACCCUAAAGGCAUGUUGCCGGUUGAAGAACAGGUCCUUUUACUCACACAAGAAAAAGAGACAGAGAAUGAGACUUAUACAUCAAUUGAGGACCUUCUAGAUAAUUUGUCUGAAAAUGUGUUCGUAAAGCUUGAAAAAGGUUGUUACAGAACGACACCAUCUGAAGUGAAGGAAAAGAUAACAACCCUGAUCCGACACGAGUGUCCAAGCUUUUCAUUGUUGAGCCAAGAAGAUCCAAAAGAAAAUUCGUCGUAA